GAGGGAGGGCGCCCGCCCUUGGCGCCGCGCUGCUGCCGGGCGCCGCUUCCCGCGGAGGACUGCGGCAGACGGAGGGUGUCCGCCGCCCCGCCAUGGCGUCUGCAAGGCAAGUGCUUUGUCUGUGUGCUUUGCUGUGCGUGCCGCGCGUUCGCUGCGAGCCCAUCCGCUACUCCGUAGCCGAGGAGGGGGAGAGCGGCUCCGUGGUGGCCAACGUGGCGGAGGACGCGGGGCUGACGCCGGCGCAGCUGUCGGCUCGCCGGGCACGCAUUGCCUCCGCGGACGGCCGGCAGCAUUUUCGCUUAGAGCGCGCCACCGGCCGCCUCGUCCUGGCGGAGCGGCUCGAUCGCGAGGAGAUGUGCGGCCGCUCGCUUACCUGCACGCUCGCCUUCGAGCUCCUGCUGGAAAACCCGCUGCAGUUCUUUCGUGUCGAGGUGGCCGUGGAGGACGUCAACGACCACUCGCCGGUCUUUCCCGAGGAACGAGUCACUUUUAAGAUCUUGGAAACCAGCGACCCCGGAUUGCGUUUCCCCGUGGAGGCAGCUCAGGACCUGGACGUUGGCAGCAACAGUAUCCAGGCUUACACCAUCGCUCCUGAGAAUGGAUAUUUUAGUGUCUCUUUCGGGACUCACAGUGACGAUGACAAGUUUGUCGACUUGGUGUUAGAUCAAACACUAGACAGAGAGGAGCAGCCAGAGCUGCUUUUCAGUCUCAUUGCUACAGACGGUGGCUCUCCACCUAGGAGCGGGACCACCCAAAUCCACAUCGUAGUUCUGGACGUAAAUGACAACGCUCCUACCUUCACAAAGAAGUAUUACAUUGGGCGUGUUUUGGAAAAUGCCACAAUAGAUUCUGUGAUUCUCAGCGUUGUUGCAACAGAUCCAGACAUGGGACUGAAUGGUGACAUCUCCUAUAGGUUCAGCAAUGUUCCUGAGGACAGCCAGUCCACAUUCACAAUUGACAGUAUGAGUGGUGAAAUUCGAGUUGCAAAACCCCUGGACUUUGAGACCACACAGAAACAUGAGUUCAGUGUACGAGCAACUGAUGGUGGGGACCUCUCAGCACUCUGCAAGGUGUUGGUGGAGGUGGUGGAUGUGAACGACAAUGCACCAGAGGUGGUGGUUAGUUCCUUCAGCAGCCCCCUCCCCGAGAACAAGGAGUCUGGGACAGUGGUAGCUGUAUUUGCAGUGAGGGACCGAGAUUCUGGUGUGAAUGGGGAGAUCAGCUGUGCCCUUGAAGACCAGCUCUCCUUCUCCCUGAGGCCAGCCUAUAAGAAUUACUAUGAGUUAGUGACAGUGACCACGUUGGAUCGGGAGGAGACAUCUCAGUACCUUGUGGUCAUCACAGCGGCAGACGCAGGAUCGCCUCCUCUCACCACUACCCAGACCUUCACCGUGGACAUCUCCGAUGUCAAUGACAAUGCCCCUGUCUUCAACCAGACAUCGUACACCAUGUAUGUGCGAGAGAACAAUAUCCCUGGAGUGCUUGUUGGUGUUGUCAGUGCAGUGGACUCAGACACAGGACCCAAUGCCAAGGUGACUUAUUCCCUGAGGCCUGUGCACCCCACUGAGCGGGACCCCUGCUCUUGCAUCUCCGUGAACUCAGAGAACGGACAUGUGUUUGUGCUGAGUCCACUGGACUAUGAGCAGGUGAGGCAGCUUGAGGUGCUGGUGAGUGCCACCGAUGCGGGGUCCCCUCCCCUCAGCACCAACGUCACUGUCCGCCUCCUCGUGGUGGACGAGAACGACAAUGCCCCACUGGUGUUGCAUCCUGCACAAGACAGCAGCCCGCCAUCCAGUGAGCUGGUGCCAGCGUCGGCUGAGGUGGGGGACCUGGUCACCAAAGUGGUGGCUGUUGAUGCGGACUCUGGUCAGAACUCGUGGCUUUCCUUCCACCUGCUGAGGGCCACAGACCCCGGGCUGUUUGCUGUGGGUAGCCAAAAUGGGGAGGUGCGUCUGAGGAGGCCAGUGACAGAGAGGGAUGCCGUGAAGCAGAAGCUCGAGGUGCUGGUGCGUGACAAUGGGCGGCCACCUCUGUCGGCCACUGCAGCACUGAACGUACUCCUGCUCAACGGCCUCUCACAGGAACACCUGCCACAGCAGGAGCUGGCUAUGCAGGAUGAAGACAGCUCCCUGACAAUCUAUUUAAUUGUUUCACUGGUCUUUGUCUCCCUCCUCUUCCUCACAUCUGUCACAGCCUUUGUUGCUUUCAAGGUGUUCAAGAGAAAGGAUCUUAAAGGAGGGCACAUGCUGUAUGGCACGGGCAACUUGCAGAGCAGUCUUGCUGCUGGGGCUGCUGCUGGGACCCUGCCCCACGCCUAUUGCUAUGAGAUCAACCUUACCACGGGGUCGGGCAACAGCGAGUUCAAGUUCCUGAAGCCCAUCCUCCCCAGCCUGCCACCACAGCACUCUGGCACAGGCAGGGGUGUUGAUGACACAGAGGAUUUCCCUCCCAUCCCGAACUCCAUGGGGGAUGCAGCCCUGGACAUCUCUGGUACACCAUCUGUUGGACACUUUAAUGGCCUUCCCUUUAACUAGGUCUGUGUCUUCACAGUGAAAGGCUUCAUGCCUUGGAGGUGGAAGGAUCUGGCUAAAGAUAUUCAGUCUUGUUUUCUGGAGAUUAAAACUGCAUUUGUAAUUUUCUUUCACAAGGGACCUCUAACACUAAU